ACCUGCGAAAUAAAGGAACCUCGGAAGAAGACAUUUCUUUUUCUCCUCCUCUCGGGAUAUAAUGGCCAUUGGAAAGCAAAGCAUCUUCAGAUCUGCCUUCAAGUGGCUCUUCCUGGUGACUUUGGUGCUAGGCUGUGAUGGACAAGGUGGCAAAAGAGAGAGCGGAGGUCCUGCCUGCUACGGAGGCUUUGAUCUCUAUUUCAUUCUGGACAAAUCAGGAAGUGUCCUGCACCACUGGAAUGAAAUCUAUCACUUUGUGGAGCACUUGGCCCACAAGUUCAUCAGCCCUCAGCUGAGGAUGUCCUUCAUUGUUUUUUCCACUCGAGGGACAAUCCUGAUGAGGUUGACAGAAGACAGGGAACAGAUCCGGCAGGGUCUGGAAGAGCUGCAGAAAGUCCUUCCAGGAGGCGACACCUACAUGCAUGAAGGAUUUGAAAGGGCAAGUGAGCAGAUUUACUAUGAAAAUGUUCAUGGUUACAGGACUGCAAGUGUCAUCAUUGCACUGACAGAUGGAGAGCUCCAUGAGGAUCUGUUCUUCUACUCUGAGAGGGAGGCUAAUCGGUCGCGGGACCUGGGAGCCACAGUGUAUUGUGUUGGUGUGAAAGACUUCAAUGAGACUCAGCUGGCUAGAAUUGCUGACAGCAGAGAUCAUGUCUUCCCUGUGAACGAUGGCUUUGAGGCCCUCCAGGGCAUCAUCGACUCUAUCUUGAAGAAAUCCUGUAUAGAGAUUCUGGCAGCAGAGCCUUCCAGUAUAUGUGCAGGAGAGUCCUUCCAGGUGGUGGUGAGGGGCAAUGGAUUUCGCCACGCUCGCAACGUGAACAGAGUGCUCUGCAGCUUCAGGAUCAACGACAGCCUCACACUCAAUGAGAAGCCUUUUGUAGUCGAAGACACCUACCUGCUCUGCCCAGCACCCGUGCUGCAGGACGUUGGCAUGGAAGCAGCUCUUCAAGUCAGUAUGAACGAUGGCCUGAGCUUCAUCUCCAGCUCUGUCAUCAUCUCCAGCACACACUGUUCAGAUGGAACCAUCCUGGCUAUUGCUCUGUUGAUCCUCUUCCUCUUGCUGGCACUGGCUCUGCUCUGGUGGUUCUGGCCUCUGUGCUGCACAGUGAUCAUCAAGGAGCCUCCCCCACCUCCUGCAGAAGAGAGUGAGGAGGAAGAUGAUGAUGGCCUUCCAAAGAAGAAGUGGCCAACAGUGGAUGCCUCUUACUAUGGUGGAAGAGGAGUCGGAGGCAUCAAACGAAUGGAGGUGCGCUGGGGAGAAAAGGGCUCCACAGAGGAAGGAGCUAAGUUAGAGAAGGCCAAGAAUGCCAGGGUGAAGAUGCCAGAGCAGGAGUAUGAGUUCCCUGAGCCCAGGAACCUCGCCAGCAACAUGCGCAGGCCUUCCUCUCCUCGCAAGUGGUACUCCCCGAUCAAGGGGAAGUUGGAUGCUCUCUGGGUGCUGCUGCGGAAGGGAUACGACCGAGUGUCGGUGAUGCGCCCGCAGCCAGGAGACAAGGGCCGCUGCAUCAAUUUCACCAGGGUGAAGAACACGGAGGCCCCCCCCAAGUACCCCCUCAACAACACCUACCCUGCCUCACCCCCACUCCCAGCACCCAUCUACAACCCCCUGCCCCCAGCUCCCAUCUACACCCCCCCCCCGCCCAGCUCCCCCACACCCCACACCCCAUCCCCAUCCUCCACGCUCCCACCCCUCCCUCCCCCACCCCAGGCGCCCCCUCCCAACAGGGCCCCCCCCCCGUCCCGGCCCCCCCCCCGCCCCACAGCCUAG